UUGCGCACGGAUUUCAAAUAGACGCCUCAACAGAAUCGUUCGUGUAGCAGAGCUUUAAGCAGCGCGGGUAGUCGGCUGAAAGUUAGCUGCGCGGCUAACGGGACGGAAACAAGUCCGCCUUCGGAUUACGAGAGCAACGAAACGUCAGAAUCCCUCAGCGCCGCACGGUGUGCAUGUUGACCUCUAGGACGGGCGCAAUGAAAUGCCCACGCUACGAGGCCGCUAUGACCCCUGGUGUGGAGAGAAGCCCCGCUGCUACAGAGCCCCGGGUGUCUCAUCCUAAAUUGUCCCCGCUGAAGGAGCCCCCCCUCAUCAAACCGGUGUGCCCCCCCGCCGUGUUCUGCAGAGCGGUUCACAACAAGGAGAACAGCACCGGCAGGGAGCACGACAGGACUCUGGAGGACGGGUUUGAGGACAGCGGUUACCUGUCUCUGCAAAACAGUCACAUCGAGGAGGACGAUCCGCUCCACGGGAGACCAGCGGCGCACCAAGAGAGGACGUCCCCCUCCAAAUGUCCAGGAAGGACAGACUCCACCCUGGUCCAUGUGUCCCUGGAAGCCUCCCCCCCGGUGGACCGCCCCAGGAGGAAGACUUUGUCCAACAGCCGCCCCUUGCAGCCCAACCUGCCCAUCGUGACGUUUGGGCGGGCUGCGUGUGAGGCGUUGGCCAAAAGCUACCAGAAGAACAAGAGGUACGACUGGAGCGUCGUCUCCAAGGUAGCGGAGCGCCACCUCCUGGAUCGGGUGAUCGGAGGCAAGAUGGGCCGCGAGCACGUGGACGUGUUCUCUUGUCUGCUGUCCAGGAACAUGAGGAACCUCCUCGCCCACAUCCUGUCGCUGCUGGGAGGCCGUGACCUCAUCAGCUGUAUGAAAGUGAGUCGUUCCUGGAGGAGGACGGUCUGUGAUGAUUCAGCAGCUCGGAGACGAUGUCAGAGAGCCGAGCAGGAACUCAGGGAGUCGAGCAGCUCUCCGAGGCGGAGCAGUUGCGGCCUCACCCGAGACGCCUCAGUGUCCCGGGUGGUGCUCUCCUGCAUGCAGACGCUGGCCACCUCGUCUACUCCGUCCUCCUCCACCCCGAGCUGCAGGCUCAGGGGGGGCACGCCGACCCCCCCCUGUGACCGCUUCACUGAAUACCAGCAGGCGGCGGGCGCCCUGAAGCAGCACGAGUCUCUGCGUGCGUGCCGGCGUUGCAGCUCGCCGGCCAUUCACUCCUCGGAGGUGCAGCGCGCCACGUGCACGCGGCCCAGCUGCCGCUUCGACUUCUGCACGCGCUGCCGGGAGGCGUUCCACGGCGCCGCGCCCUGCAGGGUGGUGCGCGCGCGGCCCCACCUCGCCAACGCCAAGACCCCGGCCCUGGCAGCGGGCGCCACACGCAGCCGGAGGACUGUGCGGAGGUUGUGACGGGACGUCCCGGAGCUCUUGGAGACGUCGCCGUGGAGACGAGAGGCGCUUGUUACGCCGGCCAAUCGAGCCAGAAAAAAAGAGAAAAGAACAUCGCUUUAAAAUAUGGACAAUUUUAUUAUGUUUUAAAAUGAAAUGGAUGUAAAUAUAUUGGGACUUUUAAAUAGUUUUAUGUUGUUUUUUUAAAUAAAUGGUCUUUAAAUGUUUACCGUACCUGUAAAUAAAUGUUUCCUAAAGCUUAUCUUGGUUUCGGGGAAUUCUUCGAGACAAAAGAAACAAACUUAAACCUCUUUGACGUCAGCUUUAAUUCCCA